AUGCGACCUACAAACCGGCGGAGGUGCAUGGGCUGGGGGGAUCGCGUGGGCAGGGAUCGCGUGGGCAGGGGGGAUCGCGUGGGCAGGCGAAAGCACCUGGCUCACCUCCGCCUCUCUCACGCUCCGCCUCUCUCACGCUUCGCCUCUCUCACACUCCGCCUCUCUCACCCUCCGCCUCUCUCACCCUCCGCCUCUCUCACCCUCCGCCUCUCUCACCCUCCGCUUCUCUCACCCUCCACCUCUCUCAUCCUCAGCCUCUCUCAUCCUCCGCUUCUCUCACCCUCCGCCUCUCUCACCCUCCGCCUCUCUCACCCUCCGCCUCUCUCACCCUCCGCUUCUCUCACCCUCCGCUUCUCUCACCCUCCGCCUCUCUCACCUGCGCCUCUCUCACCCUCCGCUUCUCUCACCCUCCGCUUCUCUCAUCCUCCGCCUCUCUCAUCCUCCGCCUCUCUCAUCCUCCGCCUCUCUCAUCCUCCGCUUCUCUCACCCUCCGCCUCUCUCACCCUCCGCUUCUCUCACCCUCCGCCUCUCUCACCCUCCGCCUCUCUCACCCUCCGCCUCUCUCACCCUCCGCUCUCUCACCCUCCGCUUCUCUCACCCUCCGCUUCUCUCACCCUCCGCCUCUCUCACCUGCGCCUCUCUCACCCUCCGCUUCUCUCACCCUCCGCCUCUCUCAUCCUCCGCUUCUCUCACCCUCCGCCUCUCUCACCCUCCGCCUCUCUCACCCUCCGCCUCUCUCACCCUCCGCCUCUCUCAUGGGGAGAUGCAUCGACAGGGGGAUGCAUCGACAGGGUAGAUGCGUCGUCCUCCCUCCCUUUCUCCCGUCCCCUUCCUGCCAUUCUCCCAUCUCCUCAUCCUCUCUCGAUCCUGUCCCCCUUCCCCUUCCCAUCUCCCACCCUCCUACUCCCUUCCUCUCAUCCUCCCAUCCUCCCUUUUUUUCCUUCCUCCCUCCCUUCCACCCAUCUACCCAACGUCGUCCUCUCCCACCCCCUUCCUUUCUUCAUCUAUUCCCUCUCCCAAUUCUCUGGCUCAGUGCCUUUCCCCGCUCUCUCCCCCCUUACAACCACUCUUCAUCUCCCCCCCCCUUCCGCCCUUCCUCUGUGUCCCCCUUGCUCAUUUUCUCCCUCCGUGCAUUCCUUGUUCCCUACCGCUGUUGCCCUUCCAUUGUCAUUGUUUUGUAUCCUUCCCCGCCACUUCAACUUUGACACAUCCGAGUUGUGGUUCGUGUGUGUGCAGGUCUGCCAUGCAUCCAGUUGUGAUGUGUUUGUUGUUUGA